GUAGCACCUUCUAGUUUCUAAACCAUCUAUAUCUUCCCUCCUCCUCUCUCAUUCUUGUUCAUUCUCAUAAUCAUCUCCAUCUUCUCCGUCUCCGUAGCUCACUGCUCCAACACUUGGUCAUUUUCAUGGAUCCAAACCCCAAAGAAUUCCCAAUUCUUGCCUACGUCCUAUCCCAACUCAACCCCACUUCUCAUCCACCACUCCCGCCACACCUCCAAGAAACUCUGCUGACCCAGCUGCCGUAUCUCAACCACCCCAAAGUCCUAGCCUCACUGGCCCAAGGCAUCCCCGACCUCACCCAGAGCCAGAGGCAGCCGCUGCUCCCAAACCUCGGCCAACGCCCUGACCCCUCCGCUGUCGCAGUAGCCCGAGACAAGCUCGCCGAAAUCAAAGCCAACACCCUCCGACAAAACAAAGCAAUCGCUGUGGUUGACGGUGUAGUUGUUGAUAGGGUACAGAAGGGCAAGGAGCAAGUGGCAGAGACAGAGACAGAGGCGCAGAUAUAUAAGGCGGUGUUGAGGUUGGAAGAGAUGCACGAGGAAUAUGAGAAACAGUUGAGAGAAGCAGAGCACAGGUUGGUUGAGAUUUAUAGGUCGAUUGUGGGGGAGUUGGAGGAGGAGGAGGUUGUUGGGAUAUUGAAGGAGGCAGAGAGUGGGGUUGUGGAGAGGGUUGAGCUUUGUGGGCGUCAGCUGAGGUUUCUUCCUGAGGCGUUUGGGAAGCUUCAUGCUCUGCUCGUGCUCAAUCUCUCCCAUAAUCAGCUAGAGGUCCUUCCUGAUUCAAUAGCAGGACUACAGAAACUGGAGGUGUUUGAUGUUUCUUCCAAUCUUUUGGUGUCCCUGCCAGACUCUAUUGGACUGUUGCUUAACCUCAGGGUCCUCAACGUGUCAGGAAACAAGAUAAAUGCCCUUCCUGGAACAAUUUCUCGCUGCAGUUCACUGGUGGAGUUGGAUGCGAGCUUUAACAACCUGAUGUGUUUGCCAACAAAUAUUGGGUAUGGACUUGUCAAUCUUGAGAGGCUCUCAAUCCACCUGAAUAGAAUCCAUUGUCUUCCAGCAUCACUGUGUGAAAUGAGGUCGUUGAGAUAUGUAGAUGUUCAUUUCAAUGAGCUGCGUGGCCUGCCACACGCCAUUGGGCGAUUGACAAAUCUUGAGGUCCUGAACCUCAGCAGUAAUUUUAGCGAUUUGACAGAGCUUCCUGAAACAAUUGGCGAUCUAAUGAACCUCAGGGAGCUUGACAUAAGCAACAACCAAAUCCGAGCUCUUCCAGACACAUUCGGUCAGCUCAAGAAUCUAUGCAAGCUCAACCUGGACCAGAACCCGCUUGUUAUUCCCCCAGUGGAGAUUGUGAAUAAAGGGGUUGAAGCUGUGAAGGAGUUCAUGGCAAAGAGGUGGGAGGAUAUCAAGGCAGAGGAGCAACAGAGGAGCGUGCUUGAAGUAAACAAGCAACAAGCUCAGCCCAGUUGGCUGGAAUGGGGAACCUCCUUGAUGAAUAGCUUGGUUUCUGGGGUUUCACAAAGUGUGGGAGGGGGAAAAGGUAAGAGAGACCCUUGGUUGGAUCAACAAUUGUGAUUCUAUUAUCUCCUUCACCUGCCUUUUUCAGAAUUGUCUGUGUCAAAAUAUUUGUAGCUGUAAAUAUUUCGGAUUCCGCUUGGAUAGGAGGAGAUCUCCCUUAUUUUAAAGGGUUAAUUAAAUUUACCCUUCCUCUAA